UGACAAUUCCGAGUUAAAAAUUUAUCAUGGUUGACUUAUUUUGAAUAUCUAUUCUGAAGCAACCCUCAUGUAGUUAGGUGAUUUUUUUGUUCAAUUCAUUCUCCAUACGUCAUCAGUAUAUUUGAAUGAUCAGAGAGCAAUACAUCUGAGCCAGGUACUGGCUAUAUAAAGCGGAACUUAAACGUUCUCUUCCUCUCUUUCUCUGGAAUCAAAAACGGACUGAGCAAGCUGUUUUCCUUUCAAUCAGAAGUCAACCAGAGCAUAAACAGUCUUUUUUACUUUCGUGCAACUUUUCUCUCUUAAUUACAAAACGUGAUUUUUCUGUUUCUCUAUUCCGCCAGAUCACAUGACUACUUCAAGCAGAUCUUAAAGAAUUACUCAUACACUAAGCUGACCACAAUCCCAAAUUUUCUACUGCUAAACUACACAAACCUGAUCUCCUCAACAAUGUCUAAUAAUUUACUUAUAUGGUUGGCUGUCGCCCCAAUCGUCGCCUUCAUCAUCCUUUACAUUUUGUUUAAUUAUAUUAUUAGCGGACGCAAAUGUGUGUGCAUCGUUGUCUUGGCUGAUAUAGGAAGAAGUCCACGAAUGCAGUAUCAUGCGUUGUCUUUUGCAAAGGAAGGUUUUGCUGUUGAUCUUAUCGGAUAUGGAGGUUCAUCACCCCUGCAAGAUUUAACCAAAAAUGAACAAGUUAACAUAUACUUUCUGCCCGAAGUUCCAUCAAUAACUACCUUGUUACCACGGCUGUUGUGUUAUGCUACCAAGGUGAUUUGGCAGACUACAUCAUUGUGUGUCACACUGCUUCUCACACCAAAAUCAUCUCAUAUCUUAUUACAGAAUCCUCCAUCAAUUCCAACACUUGCUGUUGUUUGGGUAGUUGCUGCUAUUCGCCGGUCAAAAGUCAUCAUAGAUUGGCAUAACUAUGGCUACAGCAUUUUGGGUCUUACUCUUGGACAUCAACACCCACUUGUCAAGUUUUCCAAAUGGUUUGAAAAGACAUUUGGCCGAUUUGCAAAUGGAAAUUUGUGUGUUACAGAUGCCAUGAAGAAAGAUCUGCAUGAAAACUGGAAGAUUAAGGCACACACUGUUUAUGAUAGAGCUCCUGACAACUUUAAGGAGACUGAUUUGCAGAAUAAGCAUCAGCUUUACUUAGAAUUGAGUAAAUUCUACCAAGUCUUUGCUACAAGUAAAUUUCCUGAAAAUCCUGCAAUAGAGAAGACAAGAUUUACCAUAAAAGAUGAAGAUGGAAAACUCAGCUUACUUGAAGAUCGUCCAGCUCUUCUGGUCAGCAGUACAAGUUGGACAAUUGAUGAAGAUUUCAGUGUUCUGGUUGAUGCUCUUGACAGUUAUGAAGGUUUUUGUGAGGAAGGAAAUGAGUUACCUAAAUUAGUCUGUGUUAUAACAGGUAAAGGUCAAUUGAAAGACUACUAUAGUAAACAGCUGGACCAGAAACCAUGGAAACAUAUCAGUGUUUGUCUACCUUGGCUAGAAGCUGAAGAUUACCCUACACUACUUGGUUGUGCUGAUGUAGGAGUGUGUCUGCAUAAGUCUUCUAGUGGCCUUGAUCUCCCUAUGAAAGUAGUUGAUAUGUUUGGCUGCUGUCUACCUGUGUGUGCUAUUAAUUUUAACUGUUUGUCAGAAUUAGUAAAACAUAGUGAAAAUGGCCUGAUCUUUAAAGACAGUAACGAAUUAGCUGAAAAUUUAAAGGAACUUCUUACGGAUUACCAAAACAACACUUUGCUAAAGAAAUUACGUUGCAACUUAAAAGAAUUCCAGAAGGUACGAUGGCACCAUAAUUGGAAGACAAAUGUCGAACCACUUUUUAUUGAGACUGAUCAAAGCAAUAAAAAACAGGACUGAAAUCAUUUGUCUUUGUUGAAAAUUUUUAUUUCAAAACGUGAAAUUUAAAAGGAAUUAAACCAAAAAAAUAUAACCACUGCAAUUGAAUUACUGAGAAACCUCUUGGCAGACAUACUAACGGUGCUCCCCUAUCAUAUCAGAUUUAAAAAAAAAAAUUAAACUGUAAUUAAUAAAAAGUCAAAGCAGUCAAUAAGCUGUGAUCUUUAAUAGUGAAUCUUCUUAUUUUAAUUUGCCUUUCCAGUGUUUGCUAUUAGUGUUUCAGGCUCUAGGGUUGUAUAGCCUGCUUUGUGAGUCCUUCUUGCAGAAUAUUGGCCAUCUAGAGAGAAGUAUUUGUUUUGUUUUUUUUCCUUCGUAAUCUUAAGAUGAGAUUAUAUCAGCUGAAUAAAUUGAUGUACAUUUAUUAUCUGUGUAUGUGUAUGUGUGAGUGUGAGAGCAUAAUGAUCCAGUAGAUUAUCAACAGCAUGGUCAAUGAGUUCAGAUGUUGCUAUUUCCUUUGUAUUGUGCCUUAGAAACAAGGCAGAUUUUUCUAUUUAACUCUACUCUCUCUGUCUGUGACUGUAUAAUAGGAUCCAGUUUUUCUUUAUGAUCGAACACUAAGCAAAGGAGACAUCCAGCUAUAAAAACACUUUCCUUAAUAAUAUCAAUGUCCAAAUUUACAAACGCCAUGUCUAAUACUCUAGAAAAUGGAUGUAAAAUUGUAAAUAAAAGCAAAUAAAACAUCA